CACCUGUACUUGAAAGCCGAGAUACUGGAGCGUAACGGGUACGUUUAUUUGGAACCUCUCAAAAUAUUUCCCACGGAACAGUUUGUUGUAGUGGAAAGGGUUGGCGCGGAAAAUGCAUUGGUAGAUACGGAAGAACCGACGAGCAGUACGACCGCGUCUAACCAGACUAACCCAUCCAUUACAACUCUGACGAAUAUGUGCACCACUCCUGGCAAUGCGGGUGCAGGAUUCGGCGGGUACACUUGGACCUUCAGCGGGACGGAGACCCGGGAGAAUGCCCAGAACGAGCUCGCGACGAAUAUCAGUUACGCCGUCAACAAUAAUCAGGAUCAGGGAUCCAGUCAGAAGAUACAGGUCGAUAUCAAACCGGCCAAGGUUACAGCCACCGCUCAUCGUCGUCCAAUGUUUGCGAUGAACGAAAGUUGUCAGCAAACACCCACUACGCAUCAUGGCCAUACAGGGGGAGCGCAUAAUCAAACUACCCAUGGCACUCACGUUCGCACUAAAAAGCAUCACGAUGUAUUUGCAUUGACCUGUGACAAGGGUGGAUGCAAUUGCGACGCGGCACAUCCCACACCACCACCUUCCUUGUUCUCCAACACCUUAGUUUUUACAACAGCCGAUAAGCAUGCCAUGAGUAAGCACUUCAUGACACCUCUUGGACCAAUACAGCUUACCGCAGAAGAGUGCAAUGAAAUUUUAAUGAAGAGAGCAGCCGCAGCGUCUAAUCAAGCCAGCACGGCGAAUAACGUGGCGACGAGUCAAACGGACAGUACCGCCCAUUUCGGGCAUGUUCUGACCCAUGUGAAUACAACGCAAAUCGAGACGAAAGUCAAGCAACAACAGGAUAUGGGAAGUCAGGUUCGGGUGCCGAAGGAGCGACCGUACUCCUGUUCCGAAUGUGGCAAGUCCUUCCUGCUCAAGCAUCAUCUUACGACGCACGCGAGAGUACACACCGGGGAACGACCUCACAUUUGCGUUCAUUGUGGCAAGAGUUUUGCGCACAAGCAUUGUCUUCAUACGCAUCUUCUACUGCACAGCGCCGACCGACCGUAUCAAUGUCGCGAAUGUAAAAAGUCUUUUACAUUGAAGCAUCAUCUUGUAACACACACUCGCGUCCACACGCGAGAACGGCCAUUUGUCUGCCAGGAAUGCGGAAGGGCAUUUCCACUCAAGCGUCACCUGGUGACGCACAGUAAGUUCCAUUCGGGGGAGAGACCUUACGUUUGCGAGGAGUGCGGAGAGUCAUUUUCGCAAAAGGAUCACCUUACGAUGCAUUCACGCUUCCAUGGCAGUCUACAUCCAUUUGUUUGCCAUGAUUGUGGUGCCACUUUCCAGAGGAAGUUCGAGCUGGUUAAUCACGGCCGGCUACACGGCAGAGUUCCACACUCGUGUUCUGCCUGCGGAAAGGAAUUUCUACAAAAGAGAACACUUUUAGCUCAUAUGCGUUUACAUACAGGCGAAACACCCUAUGCUUGCACCGUUUGUGGAGAGGCAUUUCCUCGAAAGGCAGAUCUGGUUGCUCAUUCGAAGAUUCACAAUAACAAUACAAAUACCGAUGAGAAGUCUCUUACAUGCAGGGAAUGUGGACUGGAUUUCCCAAAUCGAGAAGCUCUAAAUUUACACCAAAGGUUACAUACUGGUGAUCGAACACUUGUAACAGACCUUUGUGGAUUAGCAGCCGCCUUUCAGCAAACUCCGGCACAUUUCCUUACCCCAAACACUCCAACAACUCAUCAGAUGAACGGACCGAUAGGAACGCCUGGUGUUAGUCAUAUGCACGGUGCAACCCAAACAUCGCCGCCAGUGGGAUCAGGACCAAAACCUAAACCACACAUUUGUCCUGAUUGUGGUCGCGGCUUUGCACAGAAACAUGGUUUGUCGCAACAUCAACGACGUCACACAGACGGCAGUUGCCACAUAAGAUCCCACGUGUGUGACAAAUGUGGUAAAGCUUUCUUCCAAAAGAAUCAUCUGUUGUUACAUCAACGUCAACAUAUGGAUCCGCCACCUAGUAUACUUAGACAGCAACAAAGGCAAGCUGCCCAAGCUGCUGCUCAGCAAGCACAGCAGCAGCAGCAGCAGCAACAAGCACAACAACAGCAGGUACAGCAGCAGCAGCAAGUGCAGCAGCAGCAAGUACAACAGCAGCAGCCGCAACAGCAGCAGACAAUGACUGUCGAUACGAAAACGAUUCAACUGCAGGCAAUACAGCAGCAAGUGCAACAACAAGUACAACAACAGGUACAGCAGCAGCAGCAGCAGCAACAACAACAGCAGCAGCAGCAACAACAAACGCAACAGCAGCAAGCAUGUUCCGUGGACGCUAAAGCAAUACAGUUGAAUGUCACCAUGUGAGACGGUAUAAAGACAAAGGACUGGAGAGUCCUUGAAACAAUAGCACUCCCAAAUGCGCACCCCGCUGCCACCCUCUGCACGCACUUCUCUUGUACUAACAAUAUACAUUAGAUAUAUAUUUAUUAUAUCUAGAUCCAAGUAUGGAAUAAUCGAUUUUAUUACAAGAGUAUAUAAGAAUAUACAAAGUAUACAUACUAUAUUCUAAUUAAUAUAAGGCUUGUAACAAGAAAAUAAAAAUAAUCACAUAUUAGUGUUUUACAUAUACUUUAUAAAUAUACAAAUAUAAAAAUAAUUAUAUAAAUAUAUAUAUACUCUAGAUAUGUAAAAUGAGACUAAACAAAUUAGUUGCCUUAACGAGAUGAAGAAUUUUAAUGAACAUAUUAACAUAUUGUUUGGUGAUUUUUUCAUUUACUUUUAUUUAGUAGGACGUCACUUUAUAAGAAAGUACAUAUUAAAUAAAUCAAGAUAUAAAGGAAAAAAAAUAAGUUCGCCGUGUAUCGCUGCUUUUUCGUUUAUCCUUCUCAAUGUAUUUGUACGAUGAUGAGACGUGGCAAUUUGUGUAUGAACAGAGUAGAAAAGAGGGGGAAAUUCUAUAAACGAUUUCGGCGAAGAGUAAGAGGGUGGCAGACAUUGCGCAUUUAUGAAGCAUUUUUAAAGCUUAGAUCUUAUCCAAGAUAGCAUUUUAGUCCCGCGCAAUUUAUAUUUUUACGUUAAAAGAUACGAGCAAACUGCUUGUUAAAAUUUAGAAAUACGUAAGAAUCCCGGUUUUAUAAAAUCCAAAUAUCAAUAAAUGGAUGUAAAUGUU